UCUGGAAUUCAGACGGGGACACUCAAGUACGCCAGCAACGUCAAGGAAAUUAUCGAUUUUCGCAUGUAAAGUGAAAAAAGUGACUUCGCUGGCAGAAAACUUUAGAGUUCCUAAUACUCAAGUGAAAUUCCAACGAAAAACAAAUCGAAUCGGACUCAUUAGAGCCCCAGCUAGCCAGUAGUUGUGGGCGUGGCAGCUGGCCGGAGCCCAGGUCCCAAAACGACAUGGCCGACAGCGAGUUCGAGGAGUUCCACAGGCCCAUAUUUGAGCCACACACGAUUGCAGGAUUCGGAUCUGGUGCAGGCAGCAAGAAAAAUAAUCCCCAUGCAUUUUACUCUCUAAUUCCCAACGAUGAUAUGGAGGAUUCGCACUCCUCGAAGAGCGACGGCGAUGGCUCCGAUCAGGAGGACGGCAUCGGCCUGGUGGACCAUGAGCCCAAGAUGCGGCAAGUGGAGGACGACGAGUUGGGCGAUGGGCUGAAGGUCACUCUGUCCUCGGAUGGCUCCCUGGACACCAACGACUCCUUCAACUCGCACCGACAUCAUCCGUUGAACCACCAGGAUGCGAUUGGUGGCUUCCUGGGCAUGGACACCAGUGGAUUGGGUGGCAACAGUGCUCCUGUGACCAUAGGAGCUAGUACAGAUCUGCUGGCCCCGAAUUCGGCUGCCACCCGUCGUCGUCGCAAGUUGCCCGAAAUACCCAAAAACAAGAAAUCUUCCAUUCUGCAUCUUCUAGGUGGCUCCAACUAUGGCUCCCUGGCAGACGAGUUCCGCAAUGGCGGUGGUGGCGGCGGAGGAGCUCCUCCAGCAGCUCGGAGUGGACAACAGCGCUCAUUCCUGUCCCUCAAAUGCGGCUACUUGAUGGACGAGGACUCCAGUCCGGACUCGGAGAGGAUGCAGAGUCUGGGCGACGUGGACAGUGGUCACAGCACUGCGCACUCCCCAAAUGACUUCAAGAGCAUGUCGCCGCAGAUCACGUCUCCCGUUUCGCAAUCCCCCUUCCCGCCGCCCUUUGGGGGCGUGCCCUUUGGCCAGCUGGAGAUGCUGGAGGCCACCCAUCGUGGCCUGCACAAGUUUGUGCCGCGGCACCACGACGAGAUCGAGCUGGAGAUCGGAGACGCCGUCUAUGUGCAGAAGGAGGCCGAGGACCUGUGGUGCGAGGGCGUGAACCUGCGCACCGGCAGGCAGGGCAUCUUCCCCUCGGCCUACGCCGUCGACCUGGACUACAACGAGUUCGAUCCCACGGUGCAGCUGGUGAAGAAGGAGCGCUACCUACUGGGCUACCUCGGGUCCGUGGAGACGCUGGCGCACAAGGGCACGGGCGUCGUCUGCCAGGCGGUGCGCAAGAUUGUCGGCGAGUACGGCAACUCACCCACCGGACAGACCUGCAUCCUGGAGGUCUCCGACCAGGGACUGCGCAUGGUGGAUCGAUCGGGCCCGAAUCAAAACAAAAAGGACAAGAAGCCUUGCAUCGACUACUUCUACUCCCUGAAGAACGUAUCCUUCUGCGCAUUUCACCCUCGCGAUCACCGCUUCAUUGGCUUCAUCACCAAACAUCCCACGGUUCAGCGGUUCGCCUGUCACGUCUUCAAGGGCUCCGAGUCCACCAGACCAGUGGCCGAGGCAGUGGGUCGUGCUUUUCAGCGAUUCUACCAGAAAUUCAUUGAGACCGCUUACCCCAUCGAGGACAUCUACAUUGAGUAGGCUUGCAAGAUUUGCGGUUUGUGCUUCUAGUCGAAGAACUCAUUAAUCAAUACGAUAUAUUUUUUGUGCGGUUAUUACGAAUAAAAAAAA